AUGAACUUCCAAUCGCGUGUAUCCACAGCCACCGUGCACGAACUCCUCUUCGCCGACGACUGCGCCCUGAACACCACCUCCGAAGCGGAGAUGCAACGGAGUAUGGACCUAUUCUCCGCCGCCUGCGAGAACUUUGGGCUGGUUAUCAACACGCAGAAGACGGUGGUGAUGCAUCAGCCGCCUCCCAGCUCAGCCACAGCCCCCAACGCGCCGCAAAUCAACGUGAGUGGGACUCAACUGCAAGUGGUAGAGAACUUCCCGUACCUGGGCAGCACGCUCUCCCGCAACACCAAGAUCGACGACGAAGUCGCCAACAGAAUCUCGAAAGCCAGUCAAGCCUUCGGUCGCCUCCAAAGCACAGUUUGGAAUCGUCAUGGUCUCCAACUGAGCACAAAGCUGAAGAUGUACAAGGCCGUCAUCCUGCCGACGCUACUGUACGGAGCGGAGACCUGGACGGUGUACACGAGGCAGGCACGUCGACUAAACCACUUCCACCUCAGCUGUCUCCGCCGCAUCCUGAGGCUGAACUAG